UCCCUUCAAAAGCAAACGUCUAUAUUUUCUUCAUUCAUCGAUCUUGUGUACGUGAAUUGUCCGGCCAUAAAUAUAGUCAUCAUGGCGACUCACGCGGCGGCGACCGCCGCCACCACGGUGGAGGGGCGGACGCGAGCGAUGUGGCGGAUGCGGUUGCAGUCGGCGGCCCGGACGGCUUUGACGUGCACCAUAGUGGGCUGCGCCACCCUCUACAUAUCAGCCUCAUUGAGAACCCACGUGUUUCCGUUCCCGGCGUUUUCUUACCUCACGGCCAUCCUCAUAGUGUCCGACGCCACGCUGGGCGACGCCCUGAGGGGCUGCUGCCACGCAUUGUACGCCACGCUGCAGGUCAUGCCUCUUUCCAUGCUGGGCCUUUGGGUUGCCGGCGGCGCCACCCUCUCGCCGGGGAUUGCCGCCGCCAUGGUGGUGCUGGCCUCCUAUGUGGUGGCGCUGCCGGAGAGCACCCACAUAAUGUCCAAACGGAUCGCCUUCGGGCAGCUGGUGAUUGUGUUUGUGGAUGCCGUUGUUCAUGGCGUCCACACCAGUGUUAUCGUGCACCCUCUCCGAGUCGCCCCCAGCACCGCCCUCGGUGCCCUGGCUUCUCUCCUCGCUUUGAUCUUUCCGCUUCCUCGACUCGCAUAUUUUGAGGUGAAAAAGCUAUACAAAUUGUACACAAAAAAUGCUUCAGAAAGGAUUGCUCUAUACUCGCAAGCAGUUGCAGCUGGAGACACUUCAAUGGUGGCAGCCCUAACCUCCCAAGCCAAACCCCUAGCUGAAACCGGGGCAAAACUCCUAGAAAGCAUAGGACUUUUGCAGGAGGGAUUGAAGUGGGAGAAGCCAUGGCUGAAGCUCUUAAACCCCUCACUUACAGACCCUGCAGUAUAUGGAUUGGAAGAGAUAGAAACAUCUCUGAGAGGAAUGGAAAUCGCCUUGUCAACUUACCCUUCAUUUCACUCUAAAACCAUUGAUGAAGAGCUCCUCAAUAUCCUGCAAAGUGCACUGGAGAAACUUGGUUUGAAAAUAGAGCAAGCCAGAGGCUCUUUCCCUUGCCACAAAAGGACAGCCCCAGGAGGGGGGGCAAUAGACAUGUCCUUGCCCUAUGCUUCUUAUUUCCUCACACACGAAGAUCUCCCCGCUUCGUUCUUCUUCUCGUGCCUAAAAAUGUUCAUAAACGGAUCAGCUACGACACCGGAUAGUAACGAAGGACUUAAAGAUUCAGAAAACCAACAAGGCUGUAGCAAUAAGUGGAGUAUGGCAGCUGCAGUGAGGAAUGAAAGGAUGAUUUUUGCAUGUAAGUGUUCGUUUUCGCUGGGGCUAGCAGUGCUAUUUGGUUUGCUAUUCGAUCGAGCUAAAGGAUACUGGUCAGGUCUCACAAUUGCCAUAAGUUUCGAGACAGGAAAACAGGCGAUUUUCACACUGGCAAACGCCCGAGCACAAGGAACAGCAUUGGGGUCAAUCUAUGGUGUCCUGGGCAGCACUCUUUUCCAAAGGAUUAGUAAUUUCAAGAUUAUAUCUCUCCUCCCAUGGAUCAUCUUCACCAGCUUUCUCAGGCACAGUAGAAUGUACGGGCAAGCCGGGGGAAUCUCAGCAGCUAUAGGAGCAUUACUUAUCCUGGGCAGAAAAGAUUACGGUCCACCAAAGGAAUUCGCCAUCGAGAGACUCACCGAGGCCUUCAUUGGGCUCUCGUGUUUCAUUUCCAUGGAGCUCCUCUUCCAACCAACUCGAGCCGCCUUCUUAGCCAAAUAUCACCUCCACACAAGCCUCGAGGCACUCAAGAAAUGCACAGAACAUAUCGUGCUCGAUUCGGGGAAAGUCUGGCUCUUAAGGGAAAAGCAAUGGCACCUUAAAUCUCAAGUCCUCCUACUAGGAAAGUUCAUCUCACAAGCAGAAUUGGAACCAGACUUUUGGUCUUUACCAUUUCCUGUUUCAUGCUACCAAAACCUCCACAAAUCACUCGCAAAGAUCACCGAUCUAUUAUACUUCAUGGCCUGCAACAUACAACUCCUUUCACAAGCACUUCAAAGCAGCAAUAAUGUUGCUUGGAAGGAGAUUCAAGAACACAUAAACAAAGACUUGGAACUCUACAUGGAAACCAUUACCUCCCUAACCUCUUCCUUAACCCAUUCUGCAGAUUCUCAAGAGAAAAAACAUCCCGACCUCGAGGAAGGAACCCCAAACCCGACCACAUACAACACGGCGGAGAAGACAUUAAAUUCUUUCCUUGAGCACUGUAAGGAGGUUACUGAGAAGCUGUGCGAGCUUGGAGUUAAGGAUGAGCAGAGAGCAAUGGAGGCUCUGCAUAUGUUUGCUGUGGGAUUCUGCAGCAGGUGCUUGAUGGAAGAACUAGCACAAGUUGAUAAAGGAAUUAAAGAAUUGGUGCAGUACAGAGAUCCUUAGGGAGAAAUGAAAAUGGUAACGAAUUUUGUAGCAAUUCCUCUAACGCCGAUGCUAUAGUAUGAUGAACAUAGUACUUGAUUACUGAAUCAG